CCAGGGAAUGCCAGGAUAUCCAGGGCCUGCAGGGGAAAGGGGCCCGUCGGGAAUUGUGGGACCUACGGGUCUACCAGGGAAUAAAGGAGAGCGAGGAGAGAAGGGGGAGCCUCAGUCUAUGGCCAUGAUCUACCAGCUGGUCACCCAAGCCUGUGAGCAGCUGGUCCAUAAGGAAGUUCUGAAGCUCGACAGUUUCAUUAAUGAGAUCAGUCGAAAGCCGACUGGGGCCUCCAGGUGAGCCUGGUAAACCAGGGCCCAGAGGCCUAACUGGUGGCAGGGGUA